AUGGUAGCUAAAUUAGUCGCAUUGUGUGAAUAUGCAAUUGUUAAUCAUUUUAAUACGAUUGUUUUAACACAAUCAUCAACAUUAAUUGCUUUACCUGUUAAUCUUAAAGCACGUUUAUUUACUUUGCUUUCCAACCGUGGUCUUAUAAAUGAUGAUAAUUUACCACUUUUACUCAAUUGUCGAACACGUACAUUCGAUUUUCGUGAUUGUGUUGGCAUAACUGAUCAAUCAUUAAUAUUAAUGGCACGUUGUUCAUUAAGUGCACAAAUCGAACGAAAACGUCUUCAAUCAUCAUCACCAAACCAAAAUGAAAUUCCACCACAUACAACGACAACAUCCGUAUUAAAUCCGUCCAUUAUAUAUAUACGUGGUAUACAUAUAAUUGAUUAUGGUUUAAUACAAUUUGUUCAACAAUAUCCAUCAUUAAGAAAAAUUCGUGCAAUUAAUUGUUCACAAAUAACUGAUGAAAGUAUAAUUGCUAUUGGCACACACUGUUUACGUUUAAUGGAACUUGAUUUAACUGGUUGUAUUAAAAUAACUGAUGAAGGUAUUAAUGGUCUUCGACAAUUAACUCAUCUUCGUUCAUUAGCUUUAACACAAACACAUAUAACUGAUGAUUCAUUAAUAUCUAUUGGACAAUCAGCAUUUCAUCAUACAUUAAAUGAAAUAAAUUUGAGAAUGUGUACUGAAAUAACAGAUGAUGGCUUCCUUUUUUUGCUCAAACAUUGUCCAAAUUUAAAAACAAUUGGAUUUAUUCAAUGUCCAAAAUUAACUGAACGAUCUCGACAAAAUUUAAAUCCACAAACUCAUCGAUUAUCGUAUCUUGUUUGGACAAUUCCUGUUGAAUAG